AUGGCCACUACUACUUCUAAGGAUCAUACUAGUGAAACCACUCCCUCCCUCCUACCGGCCUAUGUCGAGGAAAUAACCAACAUCGAGACUUUUGUCACGACGAUACAAAAACUUUCUGACUGCAUUACUAAAGCGGUCUCUGACGGCAAGUCAGUCACCGCCGCAAAGAAGAGACUCAUCAACCUAGCUGCCGAGGAGAUCAGAAGGUGUGGGCAUAAACUGACAAGCAUGUCUACAGUGCUUGCCCCCGCCAAUAACCCCCCCCCCCAGAGUAACAUGAACAGCGACUUGAAGGCUGACAUCGUCGCCUGUGUCAGGAGCGAGAUGGCCAAACUAAAGGGCCAAAUAACCACGCAGCUUCAACAGCAGGCACGGCCUGCCUCAUACGCCCAGGCCGCUGCGACCAGCAGUGGGCCUGGCUCUCUUCCCAGCGUGACCACUAUGCCACCAGCCCGCGGUACAUCUAACAACAAGCCGGCCAUCGUGGUGACCCCAAAGGUAACCCCCAAAUCACGACAGGAAGCAAUCGAGGCGUUUAAGAAGAGCAUAUCGUACCGCACAGCGAAUUAUGCACCAGCUAGGGUUCAGGCAGUGUCAAAUCACAAACUUAGAGUGGAAUUUGACACAACCGAACAACGUAACGACACCCUACAAAAGCUAAAAUCGUCUGAGCACGUAAGCGUUGAGCCGGCUAAGGGACUGCGGCCAAUGAUUAUACUAAAGGGUGGCUAUCAAAUUGCAUUGCUGUCGGAGCCAUAUGUUGGCUCAGGAAAUGAGGUGCGACCAACUCAGGGACUCAACAUACAUCAAUUUGGUGGAAAAGGUAGAGUUAAGGCGUGUAUACUCACUAAACCAGGCUGCGGUCAGGUGAUUGGUAUGUCACAAUACUCUAACUCAAAUCUUUGCGUUAUUCAAUUCACAAGUGGCGGUCAUAAAAUACUCAUAGCCUCCGCAUAUAUCGAACCGAAUUCAGACGAAAAUAACACAUUAGAGCAUAUAGAUAAUUUUCUCAAGAUCUCUCGAUGCCCAAAUACCAUCAUUGGCGGUGACUUUAAUGGAUGGCACCAUCUAUGGGGCAGUAAGACCAAUAACCCUAGAGGAUGUGCGGUAGUGGAGCUGGCACAUGCAAAUGAUCUCUUCGUUUGCAAUGUCGGCACCUCACCCACCUUUGAAACCGUCACACACGGCAGGGAUCGGGCUUCUAUAAUAGACCUCACAUUGGCCCAUGGACACAUAUUUGACCGUGUAGUCGGGUGGAAGGUCAACCUCAACGCCUGCCCUUCAUCGCAGCAUAAUGCGGUGGAAUACGAGAUUGCGACUGAGAAUUCUUCCUUAAACUCCUCAUCGAUAACUAACUCCACGUUUAAGUACAACAGCAACAAGGCCAAUUGGGGAAUAUUCAAGGAUGCACUCCACACGCUUAUGACCAAUACAGAUAUAUUGGAGAGAGACAUCGGAUCGCUGAACACAGCUGGCUUGGAGAAAUUGAUUGAUGACAUCUGCGGGAUCAUUCAUAAAGCGUGUGAAGAAUCUAUGCCGACAAAGAAAGGCCGAUCCCUGACGAAGCAUCGCCCGUUAUGGUGGACGGAAAAACUGACAGACCUCAAAAAAGAAGUCAUCCAGUUACACCACAGACUAAACCGAAUGAGACGUCGGAAUCUGCCUCUAGACCAACUAGCAGAGGAAUUAAAUAAUAAAAAGGCAAUAUAUGCGGAGGAACUGAGGGCGGAGUCUUCCAGGAGUUUUAGAGAGUUCUGCGAACUACAAACAAAAGAAAACGUUUGGACUCUCACGAAUAGACUUCUGAAGGACACUGCACCCAAGCGGCCACCAGCCACCAUAAAAAUUGGUGACAAUUACACCAGCAGCGAAACGGAGACGGCCCAAGCACUCCUGGAUCACUUUUACGGUGAUGAUACACCAGAUAAUGACACGCACCAACACCAGUUUCUUAGAUCCAGAAUCGGGAAUGAGCCAGAUGGAGUAGAUGAACCCCCAUUCGCUGUCGAGGAGGUUUUGGAACAUCUCAAAUGGAUGAAUCCUAAGAAGGCACCCGGCAUUGAUGGUCUGACAUCUGACAUCUGCCUACAAUUUACUAUUAAUUACCCAGAACUUAUAACGGGAAUCAUGAACAGGUGUCUAGAGCUCCAUCACUUUCCUCAGCAGUGGAAGAGAGCCGAAGUUAAAAUCAUACCAAAGCCAAGCAAGACUGAUUAUAGCGAAUUAAGCUCCUUCCGCCCUAUAGGACUCUUGCCAGUCUUUGGAAAAUUGCUCGAAAAAUUAUACAUUAAGCGUCUCAUAUAUUGCGCAACCAAAGCGGGACUACUCAACGGGCGACAGUUUGGCUUCAAGGAACAAACCAGCACGAUUACAGCUAUAGAUACGGCACUCAGUAUCGUAAAAGCGGCUAAGAAGAAUGGCAAACAGGUGCUGGGCGUUUCUUUAGACAUCCGCUCCGCAUUUGACAACGCGUGGUGGCCCGCACUAUUCGAGAGACUACGUGCUAUAAGAUGCCCCAAGAACAUCUUCCACUUAAUAGAGAGCUAUACGACGAACCGCACACUUACAUUAGAAUACGCAGGAGCGCGAGUUACUAAGAACAACACCAAGGGCUGCAUACAAGGUUCAGCGUGUGGACCCAUUUUAUGGAACGUGAUACUGGACGAGUUGCUUGAGGCUGAACUUCCGAGUGGAUGUCAUUUGCAAGCCUUUGCGGAUGAUGUUUUACUUAUCGUCUCCGCAAAGGAUGUAAAUACCCUACAAACAAAUACCAAUCGCGCUCUGGAAAUCAUAUUGGAAUGGGGGCAAAGUGUCAAAUUGACAUUUGGACCCACUAAGACGCAAGCCAUUGCAUUCACGCGUAAGGCUGAAGAAGCACACCUUAUAAUGGGGAGACACACUUUAGCGUUUCAAAGGAGUAUUAAGUUCUUAGGCAUGAUCAUUGACCGAAAGCUUCUGUUCGCUGAUCAUGUUAAGUACGUUGUUGGGAAGGCUAUGCGAAUUUUCAACAAACUAUGCAUUUACACCCGACCAACCUGGGGAGCCCAUCCCGAUAACGUGCAAACCAUCUAUCGACAGGUCAUUGAGCCUACAAUUACAUACGCAGCAGCUGCUCAAGUGGAUCUUAAUUUCAUAUUCUCAUGGGCUAAGGGCCAUGCGGGCGACGCAGGUAACGAAAUUGCUGAUGAGACAGCCAAAGGCGCUGCCACACAACACAAAACCCCUGACUACGCGAAGUUCCCUAUGAGCUUUGUAAAAAGGACUAUGAGGGAAAAAACUUGGAGAACUUGGCAGACAAGAUAUGAAAGCGCGGAACAAGGAGCGCGCACAAAAGAAUUACUCCCAAAACUGACGGACAUUUGUGCACUAUGGAAAGCAACCAAAGUAUCAUUUCAAUUAACGCAGGCUUUAACAGGUCAUGGCUACCACAAGGAAUAUCUGCAUAGAUUCAAAAUCGCUGCCGAUCCAUUCUGCCCCUGUGACAAUACCACUACUCAAACGUUAACUCAUUUGUUGAGGGAGUGUCCUAGAUUUGAGUACAAUAGACUAAGACACGAGAUGCUUUGUAGCAAUCUACGUAUAUCACCGUACUGUGUAACGGAACUUUCAAAUAAACAAAGUGCUAUUGAAUCCUUCGUUACAUUUAUUAAUUACAUCAUAGAUAAGCUUAAAGGAUUCAAUAAAUUGUAA